GUCAAAAUUUUGGUCAUUGUUGUUCUUCAUUUUCUUUCAUUUUUAUCGUCGCGUUAGAAUAAAAUUGAAAAAAAAAUCAAAGUAAACCCGUUAAUUGAAUCGUGAAAUAUUUUGAAUUUAUUCUACGAUUAGUGAGGCAUUACAGAGAACAAUUUUCAACAAUCAAGUUCUACGGUAUUUAAAAGGAACGGUCGUGAUACCUGUGAGGUAAUUUUUAGUUGCGUAGAAACAAGCAAACUGCGUGACUUGGACGAUUCUAUUCGUCGCCUUGGACGAGAGCUCAGUCUGCGAUUCCCGAAACAAGGUCGCAUAAUCUUGUGAAAUCCUAGCGUGGAAACCAAUCCUUAUUAGAGAAAUUAUUAGAUUUGUUGACGAUUAAGCGGUUGUGAGUUCCGGAAAGCAGGGCUUACUUUUCGGAUUAUUAACUCCCUUAGUUAAGGGACCUUCAGAAGGUUUUAUGGGCAAUAUUGUCCUGCGUAGUCGUGCCCUGGCGAACAUGAGUGACGUAGAAUUGGAAGAUGUUGAUAUUAUCGACGAAGAAGACCUUUUCGAUGAUCCUAUGGAAGGGGAGGAGGCUACACAGGAGAAUCAUUUAGUAUCAAUUUUACGACAACUAAUCAGCAGCGGCGAGAUACAGAUUCUCAACAACGAUCAUUUCUAUUCGAUGUCCCUGCCUGUUAUCAAAAGACGACCAAACUUGGAGCAAUUGAAGAAAAGUGCUAUCUAUCAAAGCAUUAAACAAGCGUCCGGAUAUGGAGCAGACGCUGGCAGUCCGUCGGAACAAUUUUCCAUACUUCGUAUGCUUGCAAAUCGUCAAAGUGGACUGGGUGCGAAAGGCGGACCAUUCGUACAGAGCAAUAAAUGUAAAAUCAACAACUUGUUUGUUCCGAAUCGAACGGAAAAACACAUGUACAACUGCAAAUCUAAAGUGUUCUGCGGACGGUUUUCCCGCGAUGGGUCUCAGUUCAUAAGCGCCAGCCAGGACAGCAUGAUUCGUGUGUUCGAUGCUACCACCAGUCGGUAUCCGCUGGUGAAACAGAUCGAGGCGAAACAUGUCUCCUGGUCCGUGCUAGAUAUCGAUUUCAGUCCCGAUGGAGAUCACUUCGUCUACUCCACGUGGGCCGACGCCUUGUUCGUCUCUCGCAUGCACAACAUGGAAUCGGAUGAUAUACACUGUCUCUUCCUUCGGCCAAAUUGUCCAAAAUUCGGAGUUUUUACCGUUGCAUACUCGAAUUGUGGGAAGCAAAUUCUGGGAGGAGCAAACGAUGGUUGUUUAUAUGCAUACGACUUGGUAGCAAAUCGACGCGUUUUGAUGGUUCCAGUAGGGCAGGAAAAACAUGAUGUCAAUGCAGUUGGAUUUCUGGAUGAAACAUCAAACAUCUUCUUCAGCGGAACGGAUAACGGCUUGAUAAAAAUAUGGGAUCGUCGCUGUCUCAAUGAGGUGAAUCCAGAAGCAGCGGGAGCGCUAGUUGGGCAUUACGAUGGCAUCACUUAUAUUGACUCACGUGGUGAUGGACGCUACAUUAUUUCCAACUCUAAGGAUCAAAGCAUCAAGUUGUGGGAUCUUCGAGUAUUUUCCCCAGCGGAUGCCGUUGCCAAAUCAAAGAAUCAUCUUUGUUAUGGGAAUUGGGACUACCGUUGGGACGAGGUACCUAAGAGAUUCUAUAACCCAACGAAAGCGUUAGAAGGGGACACCAGCGUGAUGACCUACCGUGGACAUCGUGUACAAAAGAGUUUGAUUAGGGCCAAAUUUUCUCCAGCUGCUACAACUGGACAACGUUACAUUUAUACUGGUUGCGGAACCGGUCGUCUGAUAAUAUACGACGCUCUAACUGGUAAAAUUGUACAGGCCAUCGAAAGCCAUAGGGAUGCAGUUCGUGAUGUAGCUUGGCAUCCACAUAGGCCGGAAGUGCUGACGUGCUCGUGGGACUUCCAUGUAAACCUGCAAACUUACCAAUGCGAGGAAAAUGUAAACAAAAAGACGUGCCCUUAUUCUUCGCGGACUCGCCGACUGGAGGACAGCGACGAUGAAAGUGAAAACGAUAGCCCCCCGUUGCGCCGUUCGCGCCGAAUAGCUGAACUGCGACGGGCACAAACCAACUACGAAUAGACUUAUCAAAUUUCAGAAACAGGCCGUUAAACAAUCAGUCUUAGUCCUAUGAAAUUCAGUUGCUCAGUGGGGAAGAUGUUUAGUUUUUAUGUGUUUUCCCUUCAAACGACAUAUGAGUUGCAUCUACAAUUUUAUUCUUAAAUGUGCCUGACACAAGGUCAUCUAGUUUCAGCUUAAUAAAGAAGUAUAUUUCUAAACGGUA